AUGGUCAUGUCUGAUAUUCCAAAAUCGACCGCCACAUCAGGCCCUCCACCCUCUAAUCUAGGGGGUGCUAAGCUUUAUAUUUUGCUGUGUGGAGUCUACCUCGCUCUGCUUUGCGUAGCCUUGGACCAGACGAUACUCGCGCCGGCACUUGCAAUGAUAACUACCGAGUUCGGAACCAUCAAAGAUUUGGGCUGGUACACAUCGGCGGAGCUCUUGACAACAGCCGCGGUGCAAUGUCUUUACGGCGCGAUAUACCGAAACUUCGACAUCAGAUGGACAUUCAUCAUGUCAGUUAUCAUUUUCGAAACUGGAAGCCUAAUUUCUGCCUUGUCGACUGCCAGUUAUGUGUUAAUCAUUGGUCGCGCUGUCAGCGGCCUCGGCAAUGCUGGACUCGCCACCGGAUCUUACGUGGUCAUAGCUAAGGUGGUACCACCAAGAUUAAAGGCAACAUUUCUAGGACUAUUUGGCGCCGCCUGGGGGAUCGCGAGCAUCUGCGGCCCCAUACUCGGUGGUUACUUUGCUGGGAAAAUGACCUGGCGUUGGUGCUUUUGGAUAAAUCUACCCCUGGGAGCCGUCACGCUUGCUACAAUGGUCCUUAUCCCCUCCCGUAACUCUGAUGACAGCGCAACUGGUGAAAGCCCAAGCUUCGUUUCAAAAGUUUUACAGUUGGACCUCGUGGGAGCUGGUAUUUUGUUGCCCAGCGUUACCAUGCUUAUGCUGGCUUUACAGUGGGGCGGUGCCGAAUUUUCAUGGAACUCCCCAACGAUUAUAGGAUUGUUGGUCGGCUCCGUAGUUUUGGCCACGGUGUUCUAUGCGUCUCAAGUCCGUCUUCAAGACAAAGCUCUGGUUCCGCCGAUUCUUUUCAAGGAACGUGAUCCACUUUGUAGCAUGAUUUUCAAUUUUCUCUUCGGAGCUUCAUAUUACGCGAUGCUCCCGUAUAUAUCCAUUUAUCAUCUGGCAAUUCAAGGCGUUACCACUGACGAAGUCGGACUGAGGCUUUUACCAAUAUCUCUUGCGGCGGUGCUGAGUUCCGUUCUUAGCGGAAUUGUCAUCAGCCGCCUCAACAGAUUCAACGCCCUGCUGCUCAUAGAACUUGUAUUCGUUGCUGUCGCCGCUGGUUUGAUGUCGACACUGUCAGUCGGAACACAGCCGGCAACUUCGAGUGGACAGUUCUUUUCUGUCCUGGGCGGAGCCGUAUCCGUGGCAUCGGCCAAAGCAGCGUUCAAGAAUGGCAUCGUUACUCAAAUGGCCAAUACCGUCUCCCAGGUGCCCGCAGCGUUAGUCCUCAACACCGACGCCUCGCAACUCCACAAAACACUCGACGGUCUAGGGCAACCAGCAGAAGUCAUGGAGAAUAUACUGAAUGCCUACAAAUCUGGCUUGAGAUAUGUUUUUAUUAUUGGGACAUCCGCUGCUAUUGCGACUGUCCUGGCCGCACUCGGAUUUCGAUGGAAGCCGCUUGGCGAAUUAGAAAGAGUUGACACUGAAUGUGAAACCCCUGUCACGGUUUCGCGUCAGACCUCAACUGCGGUUGUGGACAAAAAAACUGCAGACGGAUGA